AUGGGCCUCUUCUUCAAGCAAGAAAUGGAGCUUUCUUUGAUAGGGCUUCAAAAUGCAGGGAAGACAUCACUUGUGAAUGUCAUUGCAACUGGUGGAUACAGUGAAGACAUGAUCCCUACGGUCGGGUUUAACAUGAGGAAAGUGACCAAAGGGAAUGUUACAAUCAAACUAUGGGAUCUUGGUGGUCAACCAAGAUUCCGCAGCAUGUGGGAACGUUAUUGCCGCGCUGUUUCCGCGAUUGUGUAUGUAGUUGAUGUUGCAGAUCCUGACAACCUAAGUGUCUCGAAAAGUGAACUCCAUGAUUUGUUGAGCAAGUCAUCGCUUAACGGUAUCCCUCUCCUGGUUCUUGGGAACAAGAUCGACAAACCUGGAGCUCUGUCUAAAGAAGCCUUAACCGAAGAAAUGGGGCUUACGUCGCUUACAGAUAGAGAAGUCUGCUGUUUCAUGAUAUCCUGCAAAAACUCUACCAACAUUGAUCAGGUCAUUGAUUGGCUCGUGAAGCAUUCGAAAUCAAAGAACUAAACGUCACCAAGAACAUACAUAUUCUCUCUCUUCUUAGUGUUCCUGUGCUGUGUUGGUUGAUGAUGAUGAUUGUUGAAGACAAUUUUUUUUCCGUGUGAAACAUGAGUUUGUCUUUUAUUUUCUUGUCUCUCUGCUGGUCUGGUCUGGUUUGGUCCAGUCUUGUCUCUGUAUAUUAGAUGUGGAUUUGUUUUCUAUUCUUAAGCAUAUGCAAUUUUGGAAACAGCAAAAGCAAGCGUCUCUCACUUUAUAAAUUUAUUGCGUUCAUUAGAAAAUUUAAAUCAAUUUAUAAAGAAACAAGCUGUGAUUAUGAUCAAA